AAUGAGUUUUAUAGAAAAAUUUCUUGAAAUUCCUAAUGAUCUAUCAAGUCCUCGAUUAUAUGCUUUGAGUUUAAAAUGGUAUCUUGUCUAAAUAUGCAAAUUUUAGGUUUGAAUAAUUUUAGGAUGAAUUAUAUUGUUCCAAUUCUAUUUUCACUUAGAUAGAUAACUAUUCUCUAUGGUAAUUCAACCAAUAAUUGUUAUAGUAUUUGUUAGGAAGAAUCAUAAUCAUUAUAAGGCUUGAUUACAAAUUUUUAAAUAGAGUUCAACAUCAAUCCUUAAAUAAUAAAAUAAAAUUCGUAAGAGCAAGUUCUCAAAGUAGAUAAACGUAAUUAGGUUCAUUUCGUAUGCUCAGAAUUAUGGAAUUUUCUGAUGCAACACAUUAAAGGAGGUUUUUAUUAACAUAAUUGUUUCAUAGGACCUUGUUUACCCAUUUACACGAUUGAAAUAAAUAAUAUCAAAAAAAGUACUGUUUAUGACUUUACAUUUCUAUCAUAACAUGAUAUUGAAGAAUUACCUAAAGAUCUCGUAAUACCAGUAGAUAUGACUUAAAUGGAGUUCUUGAUUUAAAAUGAAGAUGAUUCUUUUACAUACCUAACUAAGGUUGUUCCUUUGGUUUUUACAAUCGAAUAAGUUAUAAAUAAGAUACUCUCAUAACAAUUCAACAUUUCAAAUUAUUUAUGCUUUAAUAAAAUAAGCAAAAAGAUCAUAUUAAAUAAAAAUUCAACUUUAAUCUAUGAAUUAGAGUUCAAAUCUCUAUGGUUUUUUAAACCUAAUAAAAGAGACAUUGGAUUUUCAGAAAAUCUAGAUGAAAUAACUAUGUAGCAGGAUUUCCAAAAUCUCAUUACUGGUUCAACAGAAUCAACUUUUGAAUCAAGGGAAAUUCAAUCAAUACUAGAUAGCAGUUCAAAAACACAUGAAUUCGAAGAUGAUGUUACAAAUUUAAGUAUUAUAUUUAUUAAAUUAUAAUUAGUAUUGAGAGAUAUUAAUGAAUUCAAAAAUGAAAUUGAAUCAAUUCUCUAAUAUCAUAAAAAUUAACCUCUUAUAUUAUUAAAAGAGGAAUAGGCAAUUGAGAAUAUAAAUUAAAUUAUUUUAUAGAUUGAAUAGGAAAAUUGUUUUAAAAAAGAAUAAUAAGAAGAAGGAACUAAUGAUGAACUUAUCGAUUAUUAGGAUAUUUGA